UUCAUUCCCAUCCGGUUACAACCACAGAAACAACAGUCGCUGGCACGCUCGCUGAGUCGCUGUCCGUCGCAGAGAGAGAGGAAAAGCUCGUCGCAGGAGGGGAGGGGGCAAUGGCGGAGUACCAGGGCGAGUACGGGCACCCGUACCCGCGCGUCGACCAGUACGGGAACCCCGUGCCGCCGGUGGACCAGUACGGCAACCCCGUCCCGAGAGAGCCGAUCUCCGGCUCGGCCGGCGGCACGGCACCCGCCGGUGCUCCCCUGAGCGGCGCUAGCGACGCCGCGGGCGCCGGGUACGCGGCGGCGUACCCGGACGAAGGCGUCACCGCGCUCGGUGGUGGUGUUGCGCCCGGCGAACCGGCGCUCGCGUACGAGGGCAUGGUCGGCGGCGCGGCCGCGGUGGGCAUGGGAGGCCAGCUCCAGCCGGCCGUGGAGGAGGAGGAGAUCACGUUCGGCAGCAGCCAGCUGCAGCCGGCCAGGGAGGAGCAGCACACGACGCUCGGCGAGAAGCUGACGCGCUCCGGCAGCUCCAGCUCCAGCUCGUCCUCGGAGGACGACGGGCAGGGCGGGCGGCGGAAGAAGAAGAGCCUCAAGGAGAAGAUCAAGGAGAAGCUCCCGGGCACCCACAAGCACGAGGAGCGCACCAAGGCCGGGCAGCACGCGGCGGCGCCGGCGGCCACGGGGACGCAUGCAGCGGGGGCGCACGAGAAGAAGGGCCUCAUGGGCAAGAUCAAGGAGAAGCUCCCGGGACACCACCACUGAGCGAGCACGCGCCUCGUCGGCUGGCUGGGUUUGGGAGCUAGCUGUGUAUGUGUAUCGAUUCGAGUCCUCGUCCGUUCGGUUUGCCGCGUGCCCGUGUGUUAUGCGUGCAGCGUGUGUUCUGUUCUGCCGCACUAGUUAGUACUGUAGCUGUGUACUGCUGCUUCGAAGGAUUUGGGUACGUACGACUUCCGUUCAGGUCUGGCUCGAGGUAUUUCGGGCCUGUGUCGUGUCUCUAGUUAUCGAUCGAGAUGUUGGCUUGCUC